AAAAUGGCUGCUUAGUGCUUAGAAGUAACGCGGUUAUUGCAUGUCAACAUGUCACUCCUCAGAGUAUGUGCCUUUGCCAAAUGUCUGAAUCGUCGCAGUUUAUUUGAAAAGUGUGCUUUUCGUGAGUCUGUUGUGGGCUGCUGUCGGCUGUGUCUGUCGAUAAGAAACGGCGCAGUCAGACGGAUAUCAGAGACACCACUGCUGCUUCAAAGAAGAAAUAUUUCAUUUGUAAUCCCAAAGACAGAAGAUGCAAAGAAACGUGUGCUGAAACAGUCUCAGCUGUUAGAUGUGCUAGAUGCCAGGAUCCAGCAACUCCAAUCUGACAUCAUUCUAGAUGUUCAUCAAGCAAAGGUGGAAUUUGUUAAAGCCCCUUCCUCUGGGAGGGUUUUAUCUGGUAGGGGUGCCAAAAGCACACCUCAGGAGAAAGGUGACAUUCCUAAAUCAGGACAGAUUAUCGGUAAAGGAACUUCUAAAUCCCAGCCCAGCCGCUGGAUGGAAAAAUUAACUCAGGAGAAAAAAAAGAAACAACAGCACCUGAAGAAUGUCAAAGAGAAACCAGCAGCAAAAUCUAAAGGUAGCAAAAGCAACUCAAUGCUCCCUGGUACGACACAUAAAACUAUUUCUACCACAGCUAAAAAGACUGCACCCUUGAUUAAGAAGAGCAGAGGUCACAUGAAAUUGUCUGAUGAAAUUCGUGCUGCAGUUUCUUCUACUGCUACCACCUCUGCUGCCGCUGCUGCAGCAGGGACAGCAGCCAUGUCACACAAAGUGUCUAAGGGGAAACGGAAGGACUCUAAAAAGAAAGACUCUAAAAAUCAGGUUUCUGGUGAAGAGGGCCAAAAUCAGGCUGUUACUGAUGCCCAGUCCAGGGCUAAGGAGCUAGCCGAGGUGGAGGAGCUGGAGAGGAGGCUCAGUCAACAAGUGAGCCAGUGGACAUCUUCUAGUAACCCAGAGCACCUACAUGUACAGGAGAGCGGUGAAGGAACUGCAUGUGGGGACAUCCGGUUGAGCAUUCGCUCUUACCUGGAGGCGACUGUGUUUGCGGGGGACGUUGAGCGAGCACACUGUUUCCUGCUCAGCCAGCACAGAGUUAUGAGUCGACGUAAACAUCUCAGCACAGACAUCUACAACAUCAUGAUGAGGGUCUGGGCCAAGAAGGGAACAUUGAAUCAGAUUGGUCGCAUGUUUAUUCUGUUAGAAGAGGCCAGUCUGAAGCCAAACCUCGGAUCCUACUGUGCUGCUCUGGAGUGUAUGGGCCGCAAUCCCAACUGCCCUCCACGAGUCAUCACUAGGUGCCUGAUGCAGAUGGAGGAGGAUAGCCUGUCUUUGGAUAAUCUCUUCAGCCAGUGUGUGUUCCGGCAAGAUGAGAGAGACAUGGUGCUGAAGGCCAUACACACCGUCCAGCCAGACUACCAGCCCAGCCUCAACCUGACCACAAACCAGAGCUCUUCUUCAUUGGUUCAGGACUACUACACACAGAGGGCAGACCACGAGUACCCCAAACUGGACUUUACUCAGGAGGAGCUCCAGGAGCGUUUCAAACAACAGCUCAGCAUGGAGCAGGCCUGCACCGUCACCAUCGACUCUGUGGAGGCUGCCAAGCCUGUCACUGAAAACAUGGCCAAAAUGAGGGAGCUGCUGGCAGAGCAGCGGGCACACUGGCAGAAGAUCCUCCUCCAAGCUCUGAGGGAGAGCAAGAUGAUCCUGGCUAAGACCAACAGCAAGGACUACAGGCUUAACCUUUAUCCCUACCUCUGUCUGCUGAAGGAUAGAGAGUAUGUGGACAUCAUGAUACAGAGUGUUGCCAAUUUGCCUCCCAGUGGAGAGUCACUGAAGAUUUUAGCCAGGGAUCUUGGCAACAGGGUGUACACCAAGUACUCUGUGCGCCAGAAGCACAAAAAUCAGACGGUGGACAAGUUGGGCAACAUUUACAACGCUUACACAGACCUGCUGGCCAAAGAUACCAAGGUGUAUGAUGUCCUUCCCAGGGAGCAGUGGUGUAAGCUAGAAACAGAGCAGUGUUCAGGACCCACACUGCAGGGAGGCGAGAGCCAGUGGCCAUACAUUGUAACUCUGGAGCUGGGCACUUGGCUGGUGGAUAUAAUGGUCAAGAGCCUUAAAAUUAAUAGCGACAUCCUGAACCCGGCCUAUGACAGGAAGCUCAUCCCCAUCCUCUACCACAUGUAUACCUUUCGCAGCACCAGACAGGUCGGCUUCAUCAAGCCCCACCCUAUCCUGAUUCAGAUGCAGCAGGAGGCCAUGGAGACCAAGUUGACCUUUGACUCCUAUGUGAUGCCGAUGCUGUGCCCUCCUGUGCCCUGGACUUCUGUGAAGUUUGGAGCUUACCUGCUGACACCUGCCAAGCUAAUGCGCACAGUGGAUGGGGCCACCCAACAUGAGGUGUUAUUGGACAAAUGCCAGAACCUCCAUGCAGUCUUAGACUCUCUUAACCAGCUGGGUAACUGCGCCUGGAGGAUCAACAAACCCUUACUGGAUAUUAUUAUCUCUAUCUUCAAUGACCGCGGUAGUGAGAAACUAGACAUCCCUCCUCCCCUGUCAGAAGCACCCAAAAUACCUCACUUUAACCCCCAAGAUCCCACUUAUACGGCUAGUGAGAAGGCCCACAUGAAAAGGGAAGUGAUCAAUGCCAAAAAGAAAUGCAGUGAGAUGCACAGCUUGCGUAUGGAUGCUCUCUAUAAACUCUCCAUCGCCAACCACAUGAGGGAUGAGAUCUUCUGGUUCCCUCACAACAUGGACUUCCGGGGACGUACCUACCCCUGUCCUCCAUACUUUAAUCACCUGGGAAGUGACGUGACUCGAGCCAUCCUCGUGUUUGCGGAGGGGAAGCCCCUCGGUCCGAAGGGCCUAGACUGGCUAAAGAUCCACUUAGUCAAUCUGACAGGGUUAAAGAAGAGGAGCUCACUACAGGGAAGGCUGGAGUAUGCCAACACUAUCAUGGAGGACAUACUGGACUCUGCUGACAACCCUCUAAAUGGUAAGAAGUGGUGGAUGAAUGCAGAUGAGCCUUGGCAGGCUCUGGCUUGCUGCAUGGAGAUAGCCGAUGCUGUGAGAUCUCCCGAUCCAACACAGUUCAUCUCUCAUUUUCCUGUUCACCAGGACGGCUCCUGUAAUGGUCUCCAGCACUACGCCGCUCUAGGCAGAGACGUUAUUGGUGCCACAUCAGUCAACCUCAUGCCCUGUGAUGAGCCCCAGGAUGUGUACAGCGGAGUAGCGCAGCAGGUGGAGGAGUUCCGAGCGCGGGAUGCAGAGAAUGGCCUGAAGAUCGCUCAGGUCCUGGAGGGCUUCAUCAGCAGGAAGGUGGUCAAACAGACCGUGAUGACUGUGGUGUACGGGGUCACACGCUACGGGGGACGGCUCCAGAUAGAGAAAAGACUGAAGGAGAUUGAUGAGUUCCCCAAGGAGCAUGUAUGGGAUGCAUCUCAUUACCUGGUGCGUCUGGUGUUCAGUGGCUUAAAGGAGAUGUUUACAGGGACCAGAGAGAUCCAGGAUUGGCUGACAGAGAGCGCCAGGCUCAUCUCCAAGUCUGGUCACACUGUGGAGUGGGUGACACCGCUGGGUUUACCCAUCAUCCAGCCCUACCACCGCACACGUAACCAAGUGCUGAAGAGUACCAUGCAACAUAUCAACCUCCAGAUCAGCCAUGACACCAAAGAGAGGCCAGACACAGUUAAACAGAAGAAUGCCUUCCCACCAAACUUCAUCCACUCUCUGGACUCCACACACAUGAUGCUGACCUCGCUCCACUGCUACAGUGCUGGUUUGACAUUCGUCUCGGUCCACGACUGUUUCUGGACACACGCCCUCACUGUGGACACCAUGAACAAGGUCUGUCGGGAACAGUUUGUCGCACUGCACAGCCAGCCGAUCCUUCAAGAGCUGUCCAACUUCCUGCUACACAAAUACUGCACCGGACUCCCGGCUGAAGCCAAGAACAAGAAGUACCAGGAGUACAGGAGGCUGAUGCUGCUGCUGGCUAAAGUGCCCCAGACAGGUGAUUUUGAUCUCCAGCAGGUGAAAGAAUCCACUUAUUUCUUCAGCUGAGAGCCUUGUGAGGACGAGCCAGCGGAGGGAGAUGAGUAGAAUUGACUGAGUGCAGCAGGGAGGCUGCAGGCUCCGGGGUCUGGGCUGACUUCGUCUCCCUCAGACAUUAGCGCAUUGAUCCAGCCGCGCCCUGCCUUCCUCCUGGUCCACAGGCUGGCUGGAGCUGCUGGAACUACUGGAGUCGUUCACACACACAGUGAACCCGCCUGAUUAACUGACUGAUUGGGCUGAUGUGAGGGAGGGUGGGACACUCAUCCAAGCGAAAGAUGAGGGAAUCAGCAACGGAUGGGAAUGUUAAAGACUUCAAUCAGUGAAAAGUACCUCUUAUAAUGGACACUUAGACCAUAUUCAUGUGUAUGUGUGUGUGUAUGUUCUUAAGCUAUACUGUAGACUGAAUCACGUGUCAAUCUUGUCAUCAUUCAGUAACACUUCUGCUGCUCGAUAAGGCUGAGCCAAGGCGCUCUACCUGUAUAGUGUAAUUGCCAGUGAUUGGAUGUGUGUGUGUGUGUGCGUGCGUGCGUGCGUGCGUGCGUAUGUGGUCGUGCAUGGGUGGGUGUUCAUUUUCAUGCUGUGAAGACCUCUACAGAGCGCAGAGCCGCCUCUGCUACUAUCCCACCUAAUCAUCGAUCCUAUCACUCACUGGAUGGCAGGAUGCUCUCUGACACAAUCUUCAAACAUUUCAACUCUGACAAGAUUCACUGAAGAAGUUUAAAGAAGAGACAUUUUAGAGGGAAUGAAAGAUGAACUUUAGUGUGAUGGGGGAUACAGGACUAUUAGAGAAAGAGAAAUGUGGAGGGAUGAGUCAAGAGGCUUGAUUCUCACCUUCCACGAGUGACUAAGCACUUGACAACUGCCCUAAAAUAAAUGUGUCUCCUAAAUUGA